AUGCAUCGCGCAAUCGUUGAAGGCAACCGGGUGUGUUACGAACGCCGUGUGGAACUGGAGCGCAAACUGCACGAGGAACGACUGAAAGCCGUCAAGCCCGUUGUAAGGCCCACUCCUCCCUGUCACACUCCUCGAUGUGGCCGCAACCUCAAAUAUGAGACUCUCAACCACGAGCGGUUCCAGGAGAUCGAUCGAGAGAACAAAAUGCUUCUCGACAAACUGUGCAAAAUAAUGGUACGGCCGCCCUGCAUCGCAACUCUCGCAGAGUCAAGGGGUCCUUCUAGCUUAAACUGGAAAAACCGGAAAGACGAAGAAGAGCGCAUCGCCUGCAACAAUAAAUUUACCCAUCAAAAAAUUGCUGAAGCAAAGCCCUUGUACACCUUGGAGGACUGGCAGAAGCACACGGCUUUUUACGCAAGGAGGUUCCGAAAUGUUUGUGAAUACCCUGCAGUCCUGGGUAUGAAGGAGAUACCGGGACAGCUCAGGCCUGGAUCAGCAAACGUCACGUCGAGGCCAGAUUUCACAAGAGGAAAGCCGAGGCUCCUGCGUAACUUCAGUGCGUACCGGAUUCCAAUAACACCUCGCUGCCGCCGUCCGCCCAAGCCCGUGCCCGAAUCACCACCGCCCGCCAAAAGCAGGAAAAAAUCUCCGGUUAGCAGCCACUCUCCGAGAGCAAGCCGCACAUAUCUCCACUCAAAUGACAGAGAGUACUCGCGGUCGCUCCCAGAGGCGGCAAAAUCUAAGCGGCACACGUAA